GUCAAUUGUCAUUGUCAUUCUUUAAGUGUCAGUUCCUUCAAAAUUUCCUUUUGCAAGUACGAUAGCAACCAUGGCUGUCGGUAAAAAUAAAGGUUUGUCUAAAGGAGGUAAAAAAGGAGUUAAAAAGAAGGUUGUGGACCCUUUCACAAGAAAAGACUGGUACGAUGUUAAAGCACCGUCGAUGUUCGCCACCCGCCAGGUCGGUAAAACUUUGGUUAACCGUACGCAAGGUACCAAAAUUGCUUCCGAGGGUCUCAAAUUCAGAGUUUUCGAAGUUUCGUUAACAGAUUUACAAAACGAUAAUGACGGCGAAAGAUCGUUCAGAAAAUUCCGUUUAAUAGCCGAAGAUGUACAAGGUAGAAACGUUUUAACUAAUUUCCAUGGAAUGGAUUUAACUACUGAUAAAUUGAGAUCGAUGGUUAAGAAAUGGCAAACUUUAAUUGAAGCAUCUGCUGAUGUUAAGACGUCCGAUGGAUAUUUGCUGAGAGUUUUCUGCAUAGGGUUCACAAACAAAGAUCAAUUUUCCAAUAGAAAAACUUGUUAUGCACAACAUACCCAAGUUAGAGCUAUUCGUAAGAAGAUGGUGGAAAUCAUAACCAGGGACAUUCAAGGCUCUGAUAUAAAAGAAGUGGUAAAUAAGCUUCUUCCUGACAGUAUAGCCAAGGAUAUCGAAAAGGCCUGCCAGGGAAUUUAUCCUUUACAUGAUGUAUACAUCCGUAAAGUAAAGGUCUUGAAGAAACCACGUUUCGAGCUUUCCAAAUUAUUGGAAUUGCAUGGUGACGGUGGUAAAAGCGGAGCCGGGGAUUCCACUGGUGAAGCGGGAUCCAAAGUUGAUAGGCCUGAGGGUUAUGAACCACCAGUUCAAGAAUCCGUUUAAAAAUGUUGUUUUGUAUUUGAAAAAGUAAAAAAAUGGAGUAAAUACUGGGUUAUUUAAUCUGA